AUGCAGACGUCGGCGUCGGGCCUUUUGCGGGCAUGGCUGUUUUCGGCGCUCGUUGUGCACGCCGUCGUGGCUGGCAAUCCGGACGCCAAACGUCUAUACGAUGACCUAUUAUCUAAUUACAACAAACUCGUUAGGCCAGUGGUUAACACCUCGGACGUUCUCAGAGUGUGUAUCAAACUAAAACUUAGUCAGCUGAUCGAUGUGAACUUAAAAAACCAAAUUAUGACUACUAAUUUAUGGGUGGAGCAGUCAUGGUAUGAUUACAAACUCCGUUGGGAGCCGAAGGAGUACGGAGGGGUGCAAAUGCUGCACGUGCCGUCCGAUCACAUUUGGAGGCCGGACAUAGUACUUUACAACAACGCGGACGGCAAUUUCGAAGUGACCUUAGCCACCAAGGCCACCAUCUAUCACCAAGGGCUGGUAGAGUGGAAGCCGCCUGCUAUUUACAAGAGCUCGUGCGAGAUCGAUGUAGAGUAUUUUCCCUUUGACGAGCAGACUUGCGUGCUAAAGUUUGGUAGUUGGACGUAUGACGGUUUUAUGGUGGAUCUUAGGCAUAUGGAUGAAAAAGUGGGCAGCAAUACAGUUGACGUGGGCGUAGAUUUGUCAGAAUUCUACAUGAGUGUUGAAUGGGAUAUUUUGGAAGUUCCAGCUGUAAGGAACGAAAAAUUUUACACCUGCUGUGAUGAACCAUAUCUAGACAUAACUUUUAACAUAACCAUGAGAAGAAAAACACUGUUCUAUACUGUUAAUAUUAUUAUUCCAUGUAUGGGAAUUUCGUUUUUAACAGUACUUACAUUUUAUCUACCAUCGGAUAGUGGAGAAAAGGUAACACUAUCGAUAUCUAUCCUCAUUAGUCUCCACGUAUUCUUCCUCCUAGUAGUAGAAAUUAUUCCACCGACUUCAUUGGUUGUUCCACUUCUGGGAAAAUAUUUAAUUUUUGCCAUGAUCCUUGUAUCAAUAAGUAUAUGUGUGACUGUGGUGGUGUUAAACGUUCAUUUUCGGUCUCCCCAGACGCACAAAAUGUCUCCAUGGGUGAAGAGAGUUUUUAUACACAUUCUUCCUAGACUUUUAGUAAUGAAACGGCCUACAUAUAUCUUCGAAACUAGAAGAAUACUAAACACGACCCUCCUACUCCCCCUGGAGUGUGGUGGGGGUAAACAAUACUCAACCUGUCUGUACCCUUAUCGGACGACAGUCCAAUCAGAUGACAGUCCGAAAAGGAGAUACCUAACAAGCAGAACUCCUAGUAAGGAGGAUUUAUCUCCGAGAUUGACCGAUGGAGGUCCAUUCGGAGGUAGCUGCCAAAUACACGGUCCUCUCACUGGUGCUUUACCAUUGACGGACGCAGAAGACGAAAGUGGCCUUAAGAGUCCCGUUCUUCACAAUCCUGCUUAUUCCCAUAGUAGGUGUCCCCCAGAAAUUCACAAAUCUUGUUUCUGCGUGCGGUUCAUAGCAGAACAUACAAAAAUGUUGGAGGAUUCGACAAAGGUAAAAGAAGAUUGGAAAUACGUAGCGAUGGUACUUGACCGUCUUUUUCUCUGGAUAUUCACAUUGGCUGUACUCGUAGGUACGGCUGGUAUCAUACUGCAAGCUCCAACUCUUUACGACGAUAGACAGCCAAUUGAUAAAAAGUUUUCUGAAUUUGCUACGACAACAGUAGUUCGUUGCCCCCCUCCGAUAUGAACGGGCGGAUCCCCGGUUCAGUUCAUUGCAAAAGUCUAGUAGAAUUGAAAUAUGAUUAAUUGUUUGCGAAUCAGAAACCAUUUUCAAAAGAUAAAAGAAGAUUCACAAUUGGUUUUAGUGUAAUUGGGAUGACCGGUUUUGAGCUUUACAUAAUCUUCCCAUCAUUAGAUCUACAAUAUACAUAUGUAUAUCAUCUUCUUCUUAAAGUGUCCUCUCCUCAAUGGAGGUUGGCUACUACAAUUGCAAACUCUUCUCUGUCUUCAGCUGUUCUUAUUAACUGUUCACAAUUUAGUCCUGUCCAUUGUCGGAUGUUUCUGAGCCACGAUAGUCUUUUUCUUCCUAGUUCACUCUCUCCUUCGAUCUUUCCUUUCACUAUAAGUUGAGCAUAUUUGUACUUAUUAUUUCUCAGUAUUUUGCUUAGCUAUGAUGUUUUUCUAACUUUCACAGUGUAAGAAAAGUUAUCUUUCCUUGCCUAUUCUAUGCAGCACUUCUUCAUUUGAAGUAUGCGAUGUUCAUGAAACUUUGAGGAUUCGUCGGUAGAUCCAUAUUUCAAAGGCCUCCAAUUUAUUUACGGUUGAUGUUUUAAGGGUCCAUGUCUCAACUGCAUAGAGAAGAGUCGACCAGACAUAGCAUUUUGAUAAACGUAGUCAAAUUUCGAGCUUUAUUCGGGAAUCACAAAGCAUUUUUUCGAAAGAUUUUCUGAUCUGUUCUAUUCUCGAUCUUAUUUCUAGAUCAGUAUUUAGGCUGCUAUCGAUUCAACAGCCCACGUACUUAAAUCUAUUGACCUCUUCUAAAAUGUGCUCAUUUAUUUUGCAAGUGUGUUGGGAUACUCGGCAUCUCUUAGUAAUCUUCUUAUUAAAACAAAUCCUUUUAAUAAUUAAAAAUGUCUUUAGCAAAACAAACUACGUUUGUUGAUAGUAAAUACGAUCGACCUACAUUAGCACAUAUCGGUGCAACAGUUUAGGUUUGAAAUAACAAUAGUAUUCAUUAUUUUUAUAACCUAGUCGACUCAGCGCUUUUAACCACAACAAUCUUACUUUCAUUAUAUACCAAAACAAUAAACAGGAGAAGACUAAUUAUUAUUUUCUAAUUCCAUUGCGAAGAGUAAGUCAUUAAUAUUUGAGAUCCCAAAGGGAAAACAUCACAGCUACUGAGAACUAACGUACCACCAGCUCUUUACCGUUAGCACUCUAACUUACAAAACAAAUGCAUCUACGGUGAUACGAGUUAUUUCAUUAACCCUUAUGGCAGGGGGUAACCAACCCUUAAUUAUCUAAGGUGGCUCAGAAGGUAGGAGCCACCAUAUGGCGAUCCUGCCAGGAUUUGAUAAAAGGAUUUGUUUUAAUAAGAAGAUUACUAAGAGAUGCCGUGUAUCCCAACACACAAGGUUGAGGUACGUUUUGGUUUUGUCGGAUUGACAUCACUUUGAUUUCUUUAAUGUUUAUUUUCAUACCAAAUCGGAAUCCGCAAUCAACACCGUAUCAUCGGCGUAUCUGAUGCUGUUGAUAUUUACGUCAUUCACCUUGACUCCAUCCUUGAAAUCCCCCAGUGCUUCAUUAAAUAGAAACUCGUGAGUAAAUAUUAAACAGCAGGGGCGACAGAACACAUCCUUGUCUGACUCUCCUCCUAAUUUCUUCUUCUGCGGAUGUGGAACCUUCGAUCCUAACACUGGCGUUUUGGUUCCAGUACAAAUUUUUUUGUAAUUUGAUGUCUUUUUCAUGUAAACCGACUUCUUGUCGGUUCUAAUAGUAGGUCGUGUCUUACUCUAUCAAAUGCUUUUUCGAAGUCUAUAAAGCAUAAAAAUAUAUAUUUCUGUUGGUCGUAGCAUUUUUGGGCGAGAACUAGUAAACUGAAGUAGGGCUCUCGUUUCCAUGCCGACUCUGAAUCCAAACUGAUCGAUGUAUAACAACUAUAACAUUCUUUUUCACUUUUUUAGUGCUUAAGUAACUUAUUAUCGUGUACCUGAUGGUGGGCUGAAAUUGUAGAGCCCGAAAACAGUCAUCUAGAUUACAGUAAAACCAAUAAGGUACCUUAAAAAAUUGUAAUAUUUUGUAAACUACUGAACGUAAACAAGCAUGCCAACACACAAAAAGAUAAUUCCAUGUAUAGUACUGUCCAUGCAUUACGUUGUUAUGUCAAAUAUUACUUUUCAAUCAAUUUCUAAAACUGAAGUUAAAACGUUAAUACAAACAGACAGUGAAGAGCAUUAGUUGUUUUGUUUUUAUAAAAUGUGCAUUUACUCGGCCUCAAAAUUCUUAUAGUUCAGGAAUGAAAACAUUUUACAUUCCUAAAGAAGCAAGCAUUUAUUAGACAUUUCUCAGCGACUUCUUUUUAAUAAUUAUAAAUAUGUAUAGGAUUUUAGAAAUAUCUAAGAAAUUCACUUUAUUUGUAGUUUUUUAAUUGAUGUUAAAAAAGACGUAACAUUAUCUGAUGAACAUCUAGAUAUAAUAUGUCUUUAAGCCAAAAUUUUAUCAGUCAAUUCAUUAGAGUUCUUUUAGACAGCGAAAAGAAAUGAUUUGCCACAUUCUUUUUUAAAUUCACUAUUUUUUGGGGGGAAUAAGCUACAAUUUUACUUUAAAAUUAAGUUUAUUUCAUGUUUGGUUUUCCACUUCGUAAAUCGUUCGCAUAUUACAAAACAGUAAUAAAUUAAACAAAUUUUGUUUUGUGUUGCAAUGCAACAUCUAAUAGACGGAGAGCUAGAGCCGAAAAAUCAUCGUCAUAAGUAAUAUUGAGUUUUUCCUGUGAAAUGAGUCCAUUGUAUAUUGACAAUUAUGACCCCUUUCAGGCUGACACCUCAGUGGAUACAGGAAGUAGCAAUAAGGGAUGAAAGGGGAAAGUUAGUGCAGUCAUUAA